AUGUCUUCUGUAGGCACCAAGCAGUCGGACAGGUCCGACAAGACGGGCGCGGCGGCGCACAAGCCCAAGUCGAAGCUGCGGUGGUACUCGGAGGACGACACGCCCAGGGAGCGCAAGUUCAUCGCCAAGCUCGACGUCAUCCUGAUCCCGUACGUGUUCCUGGCCUACGCCGUCAAGGCCAUCGACGGCGUCAACCUCAGCAACGCCUACGUCGCCGGCAUGAAGGAGGACCAGCGCUUCUUUGGCAACGAGCUCGUCCAGCUGCAGACCAUCUACACCCUCGGCGCCGUGCUGGGCAUGAUUCCUUUCAUCUAUCUCUUCACCUCCCUCCCGAUGCAGUGGUCCAUCCCCAUGAUGGACGUCUUCCGCGCCCUGUUCACCAUGUGCCAGUGCCGGGCCGAUAGCUUUGGCGAGCUGGCUGCCUAUCGCUUCUGCAUUGGCUUUUUCGAGGGCGCUUUCUAUCCUGCAAUGAGUUAUGUUCUUGGCUCGUGGUACCGCGGCAGCGAGCUCGCCCGUCGAGGCGGCCUGUCAUCGAUCGGAGUUAACGUCGGCAACAUGUCGGCCGGCCUGAUCGCGGCCGGCGUCACGCAGCACCUGCAGGGCUUCGCCGGCAUCGCGGCCUGGCGCUGGAUCUACAUCAUCUGCGGCAUCGUCACCUUCCCCGUCGCCAUCAUGGGCUUUUUCCUGCUCCCCGGCACCGUCGCCCAGCCGAACCGGUGGAUCCUGGCCGAGGACGACAUCGACACGGGGAAAAAGCGGCUCGAGCGGGACGGCCACGUCGUCGCCGGCAAGUUCAAGCUCGCGAUCCUGCCCAAGAUCCUCAGCCCCAAGAACGUGCGGUUCUGGACCGUCGUCCUGGUGAAUCUGCUCUUUUGGAACGCGGGCAUCCACAAGAGCAUCGGUGGCUAUCUGCUGUGGAUCAAGAGCUUGAACCGGUUCAACGCCACCGAGAUCAACCAACUGGGCUCGAUCGCACCGGCGCUGGGUAUCGCAUAUACGCUGAUCGCCAGUUUUGCUUCAGAUCUUUUCUUGGGCCCCAUGUGGACCAUCAUUGCCGCGUCGCUUUUCAACGCGUCCGGGCUUGUGAUCCUUACCAUCUGGGACGUGCCCGAGGGGGCAUUGUGGUAUGCAUUUUCGACCAUGUUUUGGUCCAGUUCAAUUUCGGGGGUGUUGGGUGGAUGGGUCAACUCGCUGCUGCGCGAUUCGCCUUCGGAGCGGUCGUUUACGCUCAUCAUGGUCACCAUCAUUUCGCAGCUGACCGUCGCCGGCACGCCGCUGUUGACCUUUCCGACGGUCGAGGGCCCGAGGUUCCCCAAGGGUUAUGCGUUUUGCCUCGGCUGUGCGUUGGCGCUGAUCGUUGCUGCUUACGUUCUGAAUUUGUACCUGAAGCGGGAGGAGCAACACAAAGCAGCAGCUACGCCAAGCGUGGAGGAAGGGAUUCAAGAAAAGCUUGACGACUUGGACAGACCGGAAACACCGGACUCGGUCAUGACGACGGCCUCGACGGCCCAAGAGACGCAGCAGGCUGCAGGGAACGGUCAGGCACCUAGACAGAUUCCCACGACACAGAUGCCCAGGAGGAUCAUCAACUACUCGACGAAUUUCAAAACACCCUCGCGGGCCCAUGUGGGGCCCAUCAAGCCUUACACACCUCUAUAG